UCCUAAUUCUCAAGUUUUGAUCGCCAUGUGACGUGAUAUUACAUAAUCUCUAGCGUAACCCAGCAACAAGUGUGUACGUGCGUGGUUGUUGGGAGAUCAGGGGUCAUAGAUGGGUAAACAUCUACCACGGGGGGCACAGCUUACCCUGAUUCACUCUUACAAUUAGUACCCACGCUUUCAGCAAUCCAGUUGUCGAACACAACCCUACCUCUUCACAUUUGAGGCAUACAGAGCGCUGCACAGGCAAGUUGAUUUCGGUCCAGCCGCAGCCAUGCCGCGCCACGCCGCCCUGACCAGUCUCACCGUCGCGCUGGUGUUCCUCUUCACCCUGUGCGCCGCCAACACGCACACCAGAGUGAAGUUUGAGAACAACGCGUACUCGGACCUGGUCGUCGCCAUCCACCCUGAUGUGCCCGAGGAUCUAGAGAUCAUUGACAGGAUCAAGUCUAUCGUCACCGACGCGUCCGAGUACCUUCAUAUCACGACCCGCCAGCGCGCGUACUUCGGCGGGGUGUCCAUCCUGGUCCCGGAGACCUGGCAGGAUCGCCCCGAGUACGAGUCCGCCACCUGGGAGACGUACGACACCUCCGACGUGCGCAUCGCCGAGCCAAACCCGGAGUUCGACCACAACCCGUACGUCAGGACGUUCUCCGGGUGCGGGGAGAAGGGAGAGUACAUGCACCUGACUCCCGGCUUCAUCCUGGACCAGGUGCCUCUUGGGAGUACUGAAGUACUGUGGGGACCUUCAGGUGAGGUUCUACAGAUGUUUGAUGUUCUCCGGGUGCGGCGCGAGAAGAGAGAGUACAUGCACCUGACUCCCGGCUUCAUCCUGGACCAGGUGCCUCUGGGGAGUACUGAAGUCCUGUGGGGCCCGUCAGGCCGUGUGUUUAUCCACGAGUGGGGCCAUCUCCGCUACGGUGUGUUUGAUGAGUACGGCAUCCCGGCGGAAGGAUACCCCAACUUCUACUUCAACGAGAAUGGCCGCAUCACCGUCACAGGCUGUAAGAUCAACACGCGCGGGUACAGCAGUAAUUACCGCACGGGCGGGCGGUGCAGCAUGGACUCGGCCACGGGCCUGCCCGACUCGGAGUGCCAGUUCUUCCCGUACCUGAACCAGGGGGGCUCCGGGCACGGCUCCGUCAUGUAUAUGCAGUUCCUCGACGCGGUGGACCAUUUUUGUGACGACUCCGAUGGCGAUCACGCUCACAACGCGGACGCACCCAACAAGCAGAACCGUGUGUGUGACGGCCGUAGUACCUGGGACGUCGUCACCAGCACCGAGGACUUCACGGCUCCAGACGGUACCCAGAUCAACACCGCUCGGGCCGUGGCCUCCACGGAGCCGACCUUCCGCAUAGUGAAGGCUCGUAAGCCGCGCUUCGUGCUGGUGUUCGACAUCUCCGGCAGUAUGGAUUCGAUCGACGACGUGUCUAUCAGCACUCCCCGGCGCUCGCUGCUGCACCAGACGGUUUACAAGCUGGUCCGUGAGGGGAUCCCCGACGGCUCGCACGUCGGCAUGGUGAAGUUCGACCAGUGGGCCACCCGACUGCUGGACCUGACCGAAAUCGUUACCGAAGAGGACCGUCAGGAGAUCGCCGACGUCGUGCCGAACGAGGCUAACGGCGCCACCUGCAUCGGGUGUGGACUGAUGGAGGCUUUAGAGGUCUUGAGCGUGAAUGGUGCAGACCCCGCCGGAGGCAUAGUGAUCAUCCUUAGCGACGGUGACGAGAGCGCAGGCGUGAGCCCGAACCUCGACGAGGCUACACAGCACCUGAUCGCCGCUGGGGUCACUGUGCACAGCGUAACAUACUCCAGUAGCGCUGACCACAGGAUGGAGGAGGUUGCCGCCUCCACACACGGUAGGGCCUUCUUCUUCUCCGGAGCAGCCAACUCCAACUCCCUGGAGGAGGGUCUGAGGGAGGCCGUCAGGGUACAGAACAGUGCCGCGGCAAGGGCAAGCAGCUCACUGCAGCUGUACAGCAACGCCGUGAAGCUUGAGUCCGGCCAGAGCUUCAACGCCACGGUCCUUCUCGAUUCGUCUGUGGGAGAGAACACGGAGUUCAGCUUCGGCUGGACUCACAACAGCAGCGUUGAGUGGACAGUGACGAGCCCGAGCGGGACCGUCUACACCAACUCGUCUGUCCAGGUGUUCUACAACGACCAGGCCAAAAUAGCCACACUGAAACUGCAGGGCAAGGCGCAGGCUGGUAGCUGGCUGAUCCACGUGAGGAACCCCGCCCCCAGCGCCCAGCGUGUUGUCCUGACCGUGAACUCCCGCCCGUCCGCCGCCGAACCGCCCAUCACGGCCAACGCCUGGCUCAGCAACUCGGACCUGCAGGUGUGGCCGCCCAAGGCAGUGGUGUACGCGGAAGUGACGCAGGGUCUGUCUCCCAUCGUCGGAGCCCACGUGAUGGCCACCGUGCAGGGUCCUGACAACCAGCAGAACUCCUACACUCUACAGCUCAGGGACGAUGGCGCAGGAGCUGACUUGACCAGGAAUGACGGCACGUACUCCGCCUACUUCACCCAGUUCACAGGCGUGGGGCGCUACUCCGUCUCCGCCGCCGUCACCAACCCCGACGGUCAGGCGCAGCUCAAGACAAGCGUCGCCGGGUCCGCAGCGCCGUUCCAGGACCCAUCCAAGGCGCCGACCUCCACGACGUCGUACCAGCCGGUGGAGUCGUUCGAGCGCCAGUCGGCGGCAGGCGUGUUCCAGCUGUUGGACUACAAGCCCGAGGACGGCUUCCCCCCGUCCCGCAUUACCGACCUGGAGGUGGUUAAGGUCUCCUACACGGACCGGACCGUGCUGCUUCGCUGGACGGCGCCUGGCGACGACUAUGACCAAGGACAAGCCUCCCAGUACGACAUGCGCAUGAGCCGUGACACCAAGUCUCUCCGUGCCGGGUUCGACCGCGCCGCGCCCGUGAACGGCUCCAUGGUAACCAGCGGCAGCCUGACCAAUCCGGUUCCAGCCGGUUCUCACGAGUACAUCCAGGUUCUGGUGCCUCUCACGGAUGACAAGACCAUCGUCUUUGCCGUCACUGCUCUUGAUGACAACGGAAACACCGGAGGAAACUCCAACUUCGUGUCCGUGACCUUUGACUACCAGGACAGCUACGGGGAGGGGUCAGACAGCGGAUCCGGGCUCAGCGCAGCCACCAUCGGCGCUAUCGUUGGAGGUGUGCUGGGCGCGGCUCUGAUCAUCGGCGCGUCCAUCGUGAUCGCCGUGAAGAUCUCCGGCAGCAAGACCCGGAUCCGCGAGAUCCGCAUCACGCCCAGGGACAACAUGGGCGCCGACCUGCCCCCCUACAGCGGGCCGCAGGGCAAGAUGGACAUGACUGCGCACGCCUGAACUCAUCAUCAGCAGCCUGCAAACUAGAGCUUCUGACCAAUCAUCGCGAAAUUCUGGACCUGGUGACGUCAUAGAAGUUCUGGAAAUGAUACCGUCAUCAAAUCCUUGAUCUGAUGUCGUCAUCAGAAUUCUGAAACUGAUGGCGUCAUCAAAAGUCUAAAACUGAUGACGUCAUCAAGAUAACGUCUUCAAAUCCUUGAUCUGAUGUCGGCAUCAAAAUACUGGAACUGAUGACGCUAUCAAAACUCCUAAGCUGAUGACGUCAUCGAAUUAUGAUCGCACAAGUUGCUGACGUAGACGAUUUUGUUGCUUAGAAAAAAAUUCUCGCUACCUCAUGAUUCUAUGAUCUGAAAGAAAGUAUUUUUGUCUUUGUUUUUUUCCUUAUUAUAGUUUUACAAUUUGAUAAUAUAUCAGAGUGUUUGAGUCCUUGAGGUUUUUAUUUGCUGUGGGAUGAAUUAGUUUAGGAUUCUAAAGG